GCGAAGCAUCUACGUGAACAACAACAGCGAUUAGAUGAGCAGCAGGGAACAGAAACGGACAGAGUAUUGCGAGAAGAGCUCAAGAGGAGAAGUGAAGAGAUGCAGAAAAGAUUGGAGGAGCAGAAAGCCACCGAAAUGAGACAUCAGCUGAUAGUUGAAGAGCAACAGCGGCUUGAAGAGGAGCGCUUGCGAAAGAUUGCCGAAGAGAAGGAGGCAAAAGAGUUCGCAGAAAUGACGUCCACAAUUGUACCCGCUCUGGAGACAGCUACGAAACAGACCCGGUACAGGCUGAGGCCAUCACAGUGUGCUGCGAUCAAUAAAUUCACUCGUGUGUUCCACAUAACCAAUCCGUCAUCAUGGAUUGCCAAGAACUGCCAAUUUGCUAAAAGGUACUUCCCACAAGCAUCUUGCCCACAGAUCCAAUCACUAAUCGAAUCUUGCUUCGUAUUCGUGGUUUAG